UUCGGAUUCAUUCAUUUCUCAAAUAGCAUCGUCGAGAGUACAUCAUGUCUGAGCGCACUCCCUUGUUCGUGGUCUCGGAAGACAACUCCAACUCCCGCGCUAAGAAGGCGGCGCUCUUCGCUAUCGGAAUCGUCGGCGCCUUGGGAACGGUCGGGUACUUCCACCACGCUGCGACGAAUCCCAUCGCUCCCUUGUCUGUCGUCUCCUUCGACGUCGAAGAACCUGAAGUGCCCAUCUCGUCCACCACCCCUGGCAACUGCAGGCGCACGUCGGACUGCACCAAGUACGGCGCCGAGUACUCGUGCGUUGCCGUGGAAUCGUCCAUUGCCGGAUUGACGUUGCUGUCUCAAUGCGUCCGCGGCGCCGUGUGCACGGGUAACGUGAACGGUUUGUGCCCUUCGUUCAACAGCUGGACAACCAAGUUUCGCCAAAUCCAACCCGUGUGCGCGUUCGCCGAAGUGAAGAACUGCGACAACGCGUUGAACGCUGACGGCACGUCCGUGAACGAAGCGAACGCAAACAAGACCGUCACGUGCUUUGCCGCCACGUUCUCCAACAAGGACGGGGAUGAGAAGGAAGUCAACGGCAUCUAUAAGUGCGUCGACGCCAAGCUGUACGCAGAGAAGAAGUUGGGGUUCCUCGACUUGACGACCCCGCAGCUGUUGUCGUGCGCCGGCAACUCGAGCGCGUUCGUGAGCUCGACCGGUAUCAAGCGCGUGGCGCCGCUCUGCAACGGCCGCGGAACAUGCGCGCCCACUACGCAGUUCAACUCGACGUACGCGUGCAAGUGCAACGGCGGGUACUCUGCCGAUGACAACUGCUACGAACCCGUGGGCAACGUAUGCGACGGAUUCGGCCAAUGCGGCGCGUUGGGCAGCUGCGACCCCAAGAACGGCGCGUGUGUGUGCAAGGUAGGGGCCAAGGGCGACCAAUGCUCCAAGUGCGACGUCGCGGCCCCCGCGGAGAACGUGUGCAGCGGCCAGGGCGUGUGCGGCGUAGACGCGUCCUGCCAGUGCGCUGAUGGCUUCGAAGGCCUCCACUGCGAAACCCGCAGCAAGUCGAACGGCACUGCGAUCGCCGACUCGGACGACGCCCCCAAGGUGUCCAGCGCGACUUCGUUUUCUCUGUCGACCCUUGCCGCCGUCGCCUUGUUGGCCACGUCCUUCUUGCUCUAAACGUAAUUAAAAGACCUUUGAAUUUUGAUCUGCUUUGAG